GAUGACGCCACUUCCGGUGUAGUUCUUUUGCUAGUCGCAAUGAAAAUGGCUACCGCGGUUGUUGUUGACAGCUCCUGUGGCAAAGAUGUGAUUGCUGAGGGGAUGCUCGACCUCUUAAAACCAGCCAUUCACCAACUGGACCUACACGUGCACUCUGUCAGAGAGAGUCAAGUCGAACUAAGGGAACACAUAGACAACCUUGCCACAGAAUUAUGCAGAAUAAAUGAACAUCAAAAGGUAGUGCUAGAUCUGGAUCCAUAUGUAAAGAAACUUCUGAAUGCAAGACGAAGAGUGGUACUUGUAAACAACAUACUGCAGAAUGCUCAGGAACGCUUAAGACGACUAAACCAUAAUGUAGCCAAAGAGACUGCACGAAGAAAAACCAUGUUGGAGGCCUCAGGAGUGUUCACCUCACGCUCUCCCAGUAAACCCUAAUUUUUUUAUGGUCUGGAUUGCAUCAAUCAACAAGGGCUCAAGGAGCUAUUGGUGUAAAAGAUCAAGCUUCCAUUGACCUGAGGCCAGCUAUUUGCCUAUACCGAUGUCCUGCACUGCAUUAGUGGAUGAGUUUUGUCUUCAUUUCAUGGAAUCUUGACUGCAUGUUAACACUCAACUUUGUGCUUCCCCCUUACACGCUGCAAAAGUGUAUGUGUCAUUUAACUGUCAAGGUGACUAUCAAGUAGAGACUCUGCUCUGUUCCAGUUUUUUCCUGAUUCUGUGAUAACUGCAAAAUACUUCUAGUUAAGGAUGUCCCGAUCCCCUACUCGGUAAUGGCAAUCGAUACGGCUAUUUUAGGAGUAUCGGAUUUGAUCACGAGAUCACAUUUGAUCCAGUAGUCGCCGUCGUACUUUUCGGCAGCUGUAAAUCAAACCAAUAGGCAAAUAUGUCCGCUGAGCGAGACUACUACUCUUUAGAAACUAAUGAUAGUGCCGUAAAUUUCGGACUACAAGGCGCACCUGAUUAUAAGCCGCCACCCACCAAAUUUGACACGAAAAAAAGGCAUUUGUUCAUAGAUAAGCCGCACCAGAGUAUAAGCCGCAGCUAUCCUCACUGUAUUAUGGGAUAUUUACACCAAAUGAUAUUAACCGGUAACACUUUAUUUGACAGCGGCAUCAUAAGACUGUCACAAGACCAAAUGAACCAAUUGACCAAUUGGCUGCAAAGCUUCAUUGCUUCAAAAAACUUCAUUUGGCCAUGACUGCUCCCUUGCGGGAGACAGUCAACCACUGCUGUCAACGCUGUUGUCGUCCAACAUGACUCUUAGCAUGCAUUGCAGCGCUACAGAUUACAAUUAAAAUUCAUGUUCUGUGCUAAUUAUUUCUUCAGAUACUGUUCCUGUUGUUUCAUGAAUUGCUAGUAAGGCUGUCAAACGAUUAAAAUUUUUAAUCGAGUUAAUUACAGCUUAAAAAUUAAUUGUAAUUAAUCGUAACUAAUCACAAUUCAAACCAUCUGUAAAAUAUGCCAUAUUUUUCUGUAAAUUAUUGUUGGAAUGGAAAGAUAAGACACAAGAUGGAUAUAUACAUUCAAUAUACAAUACAUAAGUACUCUAUUUGUUUUUUAUAACAAUAAAUCAACAAGAUGGCAUUAACAUUAUUAACAUUCUGUUAAAGUGAUCCAUGGAUAGAAAGACUUGUAGUUCUUAAAAGAUAAAUGUUAGUACAAGUUAUAGAAAGUAAUGUUUUCGUUUUAAUAAAAUUUGUAAAAUUUUCAAUCAAAACAUAAACUAGUAGCCCGCCAUUGUUGAUGUCAAUAAUUACACAAUGCUCAUGGGUGCUUCAGCCCAUAAAAUCAGUCGCACCCAAGCGCCAGCAGAGGGCAAGAAAACUCCAAAAAACACAAGUAACAAGUUGGCAUUGCACUGUGCUGUCAUUUUAAUCUGUUUGAGCGGGGCAUGUACGUUAAUUGCGUCAAGUAUUUUACCGUGAUUAAUUUAAAAAAUGUAUUACCUCCCGUUAACGCGAUAAUUUUGACAGCCCUAAUUGCUAGUUAUGAUAUUUGGCAACACUUUUUUUGACAGUGGCGCCAUAAGACUGUCAUAAGACCAUCAUACUUAUGACAUUAUACUACUAUGAGCCUCAAUGAAUGCUUGUGACAGACGUCAUUUUGUGCCAUUCAGCAAAUUAUCUCAUUUUUGAGAUCCGAGCUGGACAUAAAUGGAGUGAGAGACAUAAUUUGCUAGAUGACACUUAAUGACAUCUGUCACAAGCAUUCAUAAAUGCCCAUAUUUGUGUCAUGUCAUAAUUAUGGCAGUCUUAUGACGCCGCUGUCAGAUCCAAAUAACCCAAAUAAAUCAACAAAUAAGCCGCAAUGGACUAUAAGCCGCAGGAUUCUAAAGUAGGGAAAAAAAGUAGCGGCUUCUAGUCCGAAAAUUACGGUAACAGAGCAUUGUGUCAUUUUCUUGAGGAGGUACCAGCAGAGCUUGGUUUAAUAUAAAAAAAAUAGUUUUUUUUUUUUUUACUGGUGUUUGAUAAAUGGUAUCGGGAAAACAUUGUGUAAAGAAACCGGACCAGAAAUUUUAAAAAAUCAGCAUUGGGACAUCCCUUUUUCUAGUAUUUGUCUUUGUCACAGGGUUUUAAAGGUAUUUACUGAAGGCAUGAUAACUCUUCAAAUUUUUUUGUGGAUUUGCAAAUGGCUUUUUUUGGGGGGGGGUCAAAUCACGAAAUGGGCCUAAAAAGUCAAUCUUAUGUUGAGUGUACACAGGUAAAAUAUUUGCAAAAUUGGAGCUAAUUGUACUAGUUUUUCCAAUGAAAGACUUAUGGUUGCCUCUAAUGUGGCUAAAAAUAAAGUAUUAAUGAUUAUGCAUCCAUCCAUCAUCUUCCACUUCAUUUGAGGACAGUUCAGCAGGGAAACUCAGACUUCUCUCUCCCGGCAACUUCAUCCAGCUCCUCCAGGGGGAUCCCAAGGCUUUCCCGUGUUAACCAGGAAGCAGUCUUGCUAGCUGGCAUGUUCUGGGUCGUCCCUGGGUCCUCCUCCUCAUGGCAUAUGUCCAAGGGCUAAAGUGGCUAGAAUUUCUCGCCAUAACUCCCUGACAUAAAAGGUCACUGCUGAGGCAAAUUGUACUGUACACCAACAAUACCAUAACUGAGCACGAGAGGCAGCAACGUGAAUACAAGAAAGAUUGGGCAGGUGAACAAGAUGUUGACCUAAUAAAAACGACCUGCACCUGAUAAUUGCUUGCAAUCUGUC